ACGGCCCCCUCCGCUCCUGCGGCGCCCCCGGGCCCGGCCGUGCUCUAAGGGAGCCCUGCGGAGGGGCUCCGUGCCUGCAGCGCACGCCGCCCGAGGGGUGCUCGGCCACCGCGGAGAUGGCGUGUGCUCCUCUGCUUGGGGCACCUCCUCUGCCGCCGAGCCCUCAGAAACGUGUAGCACAUUCUCCUUUUUUUUUUUUCUUUUUCUGGUUUUUUUUUUUUUCUUUUUCAGCUGGCUAGUGGUAGGCCAGGCAAUGCUGCUGCCUGCGAGGUGUGCGGCGAGAAAGAAAUGAGUUGCUGUUUGAGCACUGAGGGCUGAGUUUUGCAACCGAGGUUUCGGUUCUAGAGCUGGCUGCGAGAGCUCUGAGUGAAUUGGAAGGCCUCGUUCUGCAGGAGAGGAGCUGCUCUUUCCUGUGUGAGGAUGGAGUUGUGUAAGAAUAUAAACGUGUGAGGCUGAGGGGAAUCCAGAGAAUGUGUAUCUGAUACUGAAAGUCUUGUUGAGUUCUACAGCGUAAAUUAUGAUGCUGAGAUGUGUAAUUGAGGUUGGACAUUAGGAGGAAUUUCUUCAUAGAAAGGGUGAUAAGACAUUGGAAUGGACUGCCGAGGGAUGGUGGAGGUGUUUGAGGAAAGACUGGAUGUGGCACUUACUGCCUUGUCCAGUUGCCGAGGUGGUGUUUGGUUGUAGGUUGGACUCGGUGGUUUCCGAGUGCUUUUCCAACCCCAUUCUGGGAUUCUGUGAAGGUGUCACUGCAUUGACUGUAAUCCCGAGGGUUCUGCCAGGUGAAGGAGCCAGUCCCAGUUCUGCAGGCUCAUAUGGCUGUGUGCUCCUUAGGUCUGUUCAGAUUUCCGUAGAAAUCGAAGGGAAGGUGAAAAAAACAUGGGUGGAUUUUGAUGAACAUGAGCUUAAUACAACUUAAAUAUCAUAGCAUAGGAAAACACUAACAGUUGUGGCCAUCUGCACAAAGCAUGUAACUAUAUGUUUAACUCUGCAAAAUCAGACACAGAUAAUAUAGUUUGGGCAUGUUUGAGCCACGUAGUUGAAGCCCCACAUUUUUGGCUCAUGCAAUCUUCAUGUAAAGCACUUAGGAUAUUUAACACCUUUAUUGACUACUACUCAUAAAUUUUACAAUUUAUGAAAUUUUGUAAAUUUUGCAAAAAUAUGAAAAAUAAUUUAGAGUAGAUGUUUAUUAUUAGUCCUUUCAGUAUUCAUGAAAGUCUGGUAACAGAACUGUAGUUUAUAAUUUAAAAAGUUCAUUCCUAGAAGAGAGGGACAGAAUUCAAAUAAAAGAAGUGCUGUAGAAAUAAAUCUGCAAAAGCAUUCCAGGAGAGUUUAGGAGGCAUUGUAUCACCAUGUGCUGGUUACCUUGAUCCAAGAUCCUUUUGGGCCUAAGCCAGACCUGUGGAUUAAAUGCUCAAAGAUUGGGAAAUGAGAUGAUUCAAGUCAAAAUGCCUGUUUAGAGUUGACUUUUGCAAGUUUCCCUUAGCUUUUGACUCUCCUGAACUCUGCCAACAGACACUGUAAAAACUUUGGCCUUCUGUUAGACUUUGGCAUGUUGUAGUCUGGCUCUUGCACGCUCGUUACCUGUUCACAUUUACCAUGAAUAAUGACUAAAAACAUAACUUGUGGCUAGAUUUUGGAAGUAACUUCUGGAAGGGUUUGUUUCCUUCUCUUUCCCCCACCCCUUUAAGACUUUUUGUCUUAGGGGAUUUGUUUGCAAUCUGCUAGCUGAAGCUCUGAGGCAAGUUUGCCAGAUCUGGGGCUGCAUCAUCACUCUGCACAUCUGGAAGUGGUUUAUGUGCUCUCAUUCCUCCAGUGCAGCGUCUGGACUCUGCACUAUUCCUCAGCAGCAGAGAAAGGAAAGAAAACCAGCACAACUCCAAAGUAAACUUUGAAGAGUUCGAAAAAGGAAUUGAAUCGUAAAACUGUUACUGUGCCCUGUAAGGCCCUUGUGUGGGUGACUUCAAAGGAGGAUGGUGGUCAAGGACGCUUUGGCAAGAGUGCUUACAGCUGUGGGCUAUCUAGGAUCCAAGUAAAUAGCUCUGCAGCACUUCAGGAGAGAGGAGUUCCGAACAUUGUGCUGCUUUGAAGAGUUUGCCACAGAUCACAGUUCUCAUCCAACAGGACACAUGGCUCUUUUAAAGAAAAUUAACCAGAUCUUACUGUUACUUCUUGUCUUAACUGUGUGUGCUAUUCUGUAUAAUAAAGUUCACCAAGUGCCAUUGGCAUUAAGAAAUGAAACAGUGGAUUUGGAGAGCCCUGAGGAAAUGGAAGAAGAAAUCCCAGUGGUGAUCUGCGCUGCUGCAGGCAGGAUGGGUGCAGCUGUAGCAGCCAUCAGCAGCAUCUACAGCAACACAGAGGCCAAUGUUGUGUUCUACAUCAUUGGGCUGAAGACAACCAUCCCUCAUAUUCGAAAAUGGAUUGAAAAUUCUAAACUGAAAGAAAUAAAAUUUAAGGUUGUGGAAUUCAAUCCUAUGGUACUAAAAGGAAAAAUCAGACAAGAUGCAUCACGUCCUGAGCUACUGCAGCCUCUGAAUUUCGUUCGAUUUUAUCUUCCUUUGCUUAUCCAGAAACAUGAGAAAGUAAUAUAUUUGGAUGAUGAUGUCAUUGUUCAAGGUGACAUCCAGGAACUCUAUGAUACUAAGUUAGCUCCUGGACAUGCAGCAGCUUUUUCAGAUGACUGUGAUCUGCCUUCUACACAUGAAAUGAUUAGAAGUGUAGGCAUGCAGAACACAUACAUGGGAUUCCUGGACUACAGAAAGCAAGCCAUUAGAGAUCUUGGCAUCAGCCCCAGCACCUGCUCCUUUAAUCCUGGAGUAAUUGUUGCUAACAUGACUGAAUGGAAACAUCAGCGGAUUACAAAGCAGUUGGAAAAGUGGAUGCAAAGAAAUGUAGAGGAAAACCUCUAUAGCAGCACUCUUGGGGGAGGUGUGGCAACCUCUCCAAUGCUGAUUGUAUUUCAUGGAAAAUAUUCCUCUAUUAAUCCUAUGUGGCACAUAAGGCAUCUUGGUUGGAGUCCUGAUGCCCGUUACUCAGAGCAAUUUCUUCAAGAAGCUAAAUUACUUCACUGGAAUGGGAGAUACAAACCUUGGGACUACCCCAGUGUCCACACUGAUCUCUGGGAAAACUGGUUUAUUCCUGACCCUUCAGGGAAGUUCAAAUUAACUCGUCCUGAUAGCUGAAAUACCGCAAAAUGUAGCGUAUGGGAUGCAUUUCAUAGUUUGAGAUGCAACAUGUUGUAUGAUUAAUUGAUUUUAGAAAAUGAAGUAUGUUAAAAACAUGAAUAACUGACCAUCAGUUUUGUGUGCUUAUGGCAGGAGAGAGACUGGAGUACACAGUACACAGUUCAGAUUAUCCUGACUUUCAUGUAAGGUGAGAAAACGUUUACCUAAUGAUGAACACUUACAGAGAUGAAAUUCAGUGCUAGACAGUGUGCUUUAAUUUAAGGUCUUGCUAAGAUUCCAAAGUCUUCUGGUAGAAAAAGCUACACAGCAGAUAGCUGCAGUGUUAUGUACAAGAAGUGUUUAGUUAUCUAGCCCACAUUAAACAGCCUGAAUUGAAAACCUGGGCACAUGUUACUGAG